AUGCAGACUGCGGGCAGUGUGUUGUCAGCACCGUCCCCCGUCGCCACUGCCAAGGCGCCCCAAGAAGGGAAUGCAGGAAUGAUGCCGACUGCGGACAAUGCGUCGCCGGCCCCCGGGGCCGCCGUCACUGCCAGGGACGCCCUAGAGCUGAUUGCCGAACCGAUGCGGAUUGUGGCCAGUGUGUCGUCGGGAACGUCCGUCGUGACCACUGUCAGGGACACCCCAAUAGGGUGA